ACUCUCUCACACACACAGAGUCCGGUGGAGGUCCGAAGACGAAGAAGAAUGGAACCCGAGGUGAAUUUCCGGAAAUGCCCCUAUACCUAACCACACCACCGCCACAGCAACCGCCGUCGCUGGCGGUUACUGAAUCUUCGUUUUUGUAUUUUUUUUUUUUUUAGUAAUCGGAGAUUCUGAUUCUGAUUUCGAAUGUUUGUUUUGGUUUUCUAGAAUCAGAGAUUCUGACUGUGAUUUGUUUUCUUGGAAGCAGAAGACGGUGGCGGUGAAGAAGGCGUACGCGGAGAUAAUACUGAACACGGCGAAGGAAGCGGCGGCGAGAGUAAUGGCGGCGGAGAGGAGAGCUCUUCGGUUCGAGCACGAUCUGCGUAGUACUAAAGAUGAGGCGGUUCAGAUGCUGCUUCGAUUGAAACAGAUGAUUGAUUCUCAGACAAGUGAAGCAGAGAUGACAUCUUUGAAAAAAGAAAGAAAAAUUGAAGAGCUUGAAGCACAGCUUUAUGAGGCGGAGGAUAUCAUAACUGACCUUAGAUCAGAGUUGAAACAAGCAUGGGGUGAAUUGGAGAGGGUGGAUCCAAGCGAAGUUGAGCCUUUGAAUGGAGAAACCACAAGGGAAGAUGCCUCAUUUUCCGGGAAUGUGACACCUGAGCCCACAACACUCUCUCCAGGUUUACGGCCUGAAGAUGCUCCAACUUCUGGCCUGAAGAACAUCCCAGUGACUAGAGAUCUGGACCAUAAGGUCAGUAAUGGACUAGAACAAACUGAACAGUUGACUGUUUCUGAUUUGGACAAAUUGUGUGCCCCUGUCUACGACUUUGACUCAAUAAUCAUGAGAAGUAAGGAGUCCGAGCUCCUCAGAAAUGGAUGUACACAGAGAGUACGUGCUUUUGAAAGAAACUCAUUUGAUGGUAAAUUGUCGCUUUUUGGAUAUGAGGACAAUCACAAGUUUCAGAAGAAGAACGAGUUGAAUGAGUUGAUAGUCAAGGCAAGUGACAAUGGCAUAGAAGUAGUUAAGAAACUAUCUUUAGGAGAAACCAAAAGCCCUGUUAAAGUCCGCACAAUGCAAAGAAAGAAGACUCAGUUUGGGAAAGCCAAAACCUCACACCUAUUUUGUCCUACUCAGCUCAUGAGUUCAUGUCAACCUUCUUCAGUCGAUGGGAAUGAUGGAUCCCAUAAGGAUGCAUGUAUUCCACCCUCAAUUGAUGCAUGCAUUCCGGCUUCAGUCAAGGACAUCACAAGAAUUUCCAGUGGGUUGCAUAGUAGCUGCUCUCCUAUAGACAGUAAGAUCAUUCAUAUGGGGAAAAGGAAAAGGAAUGUAAAUAGUGAGGACGGCAGCAGUACCUCAUUCAGGAGUACUGGUCAGCCAUCUCAUGUCCUUUCCCGCUGCAGGACCGUUGCAUACUUAAUUAAUGGUGAUGUUAAAUCUUGUGAAGAUCGACCAAACACAGCUGAAAAGAAUGAAGCUAAGAUGAAGCCAUUGCUCCGUCUGGAUCCGGGAAGGACAUUAAUUAGAAGAGAUGUUGAUCCUAUGUCAGGUUCAGCUAGUGUUAAAGUCAGCAUUAAAUCUGGACCUGGCCAGAAUGAUGCAGACAAAGGUAGUGAGUUGAUUGAUGUGUCCGUUUCCGUAAAGCCGGGAAAGGUUGUUGUGGAGAAUUCAGAGGCUCCAAGUUCUGAAUUUAGCCUUGGUACUGGUGUUGUAUCAGGGAUGAAUUCUGAUAUAGCGGAUAUUAAAGUAUUGGAACAAUCAAAUGAAUCUCCUAGUCACGUGGGCGACAGUGGACAUCUCAAGAACACUUUCCAGAGGAAGCGCAUGAAUUCCUCAAGCAACCCUGAUGAAACCGCAUUGCUUGAGGAGAACACGACUAAGAGGAGGGCUGACAAGAGAGAAUCUAUUUCACCACAGCCACAAAAUGAUUCGUCUAGGGACAGUCGGCGGCUGGCCCAGGUUGCUCGACAGCUCAUAUCUUUGUCUGGGAAGAGAUGGUACAAAUAGUGGUGCUUCCAAAAUCCAACAAGCGUAAUUGAAGUGAAGUUUGGGUUGAAAUAUUAAGGGCUUUGGGGUUUUAAGAAGAUUUAGGGUUGGGGGGUUUGGUACUCCUUUUGGAUUUGGGAAUUCAACAUUUUUGGGAGCAGAGGAAUAAUGCUAUAAGUUAUCAUGUCAUAUUAAUAUUAUUAUUCUUUAGCAAGUUCAAAUAAUUUCAGAUCAAAAUGUUGGGUUAGGCCUAGAAAGGGUGGUUCCCUUGGAUUAGCAUGGUAUCAAAUCAACCCCAGUGAACAUAACUAGCAGAAUCAGUGCUUCUUGUAAAACCAAUCCUUGUGGCUUCAUCAGUUGAAUGCCAGUGUAGUACUGAAUGCCUUUUUGUAAG